AUGAAGAGCCUCGGUGCAAGUAUCGGGAGUAGCGGCCGAUCUACGGCUGGGGAUGAUGAUGAUGACGAGGCCUCAAAAUCCGUGUUGGCUUCGCACCAAGCGAGAGAAGAGGAAAUCGAGCGGAGAAAAUUGGAGGUGAGAGCAAAGGUCGAGUCUCAACUCACUCGUGCCCAACAAGAAGCCAAGCGUUUGACACAAGUUUGGGAAGAAAUUGAAGAGUUCACAGAUCCAAUGAGAAAGGAUGUCACAACAGUUAGAAAAAGAUUAGACACUGCUAAUCGAGACCUCAAAUCACUUGCCCAGAUCUGCCAAAAGAAAGUAAUACAUUCUUUUCUUUAUUUGCUCAACAAAUCAUACAAGUGGUGA